AUGAAUGAUUUGGUUUCCCCGCUCCAAUCUGCUUUUAUUCCUGGAAGAUGGAUAGCAGAAUCUUCGAUCCUUACACAAGAGAUUAUUCACAAGAUUCGCAAUAAAAGAGGUUUGGGGGGCCUUAUGGCUCUGAAACUUGAUAUGCACAAAGCCUAUGACAAAAUGGAAUGGGGUUUUUUAGAAAAAGUUCUCAAUGCGAAUGGUUUCAAUGAAAGAAGUAGGAAAAUUUUGAUGGCAUGUGUCUCAAGCGUCUCAUACUCGGUUCUUCUAAAUGGUAGUCCUCUCAAAAAGAUUGUUCCUCAAAGAGGUCUUCGACAAGGGGAUCCGCUUUCCCCAUUCUUGUUUCUCCUCUGUCAGGAAGUUCUAUCCAAACUUAUCUGCAGAGCGGAAGAGAGAGGUCUUAUUCAUGGCAUUAAGAUUGCUCAUACAGCCCCCCCGGUGUCUCACCUUAUGUUUGCAGAUGAUACAAUUCUCUUUGCCCGGGCGAAUGAAGAAGAGGCCAAGAACCUGAUGGAAUGCAUCUCGAUUUAUGAGAAGUGGUCGGGACAGUCUUGCAGCAAACCAAAAUCGAGUGUACUUUUCUCUAAAAACUUAACAGUUCAAAGGAGGAAUCGUAUUCUUGGCAAUUUAAACAUAGAUCAAGUCAAUGGGGAAGAGAGACAUUUGGGCAAUCCGUUUGUCUUUAGUAGAAGGAAGAAGGAGAACUAUGCGAGAUUAAAGGAGAGCCUAAUGAAGAAGUUGGAAGGGUGGAAGAUGAAGCUCCUUUCUUACGCCGGACGCCUUACCUUAAUCAAGAAUGUGACAUCGGCAAUUCCUAUUUAUGCUAUGUCUACCUCGAAGAUUCCUUUAUCUAGUUGCCGUGAUUUAGACUCUUUGAUGAGAAAAUAUUGGUGGCUUGGAAAGGUAGACAAGGAUAGAUACCUCGCUCUCAAAGCUUGGGACCAAAUUUGUCAACCUAAGAUAUCGGGAGGAUUGGGUUUGAGAAGAUGUGAAGAUAUGAAUAGAGCUUUAUUGGCAAAGUUAGCUUGGAGUCUUGCAACUCGUGAGGAUAGACCCUGGGUUAAUUGUUUGCUGAAAAAAUAUUGUGUCCAUGAAAAUUUUUGGUGUGUCAAGAAAAAGAACAACGAUUCCUUCCAAUGGAAGUGUAUUCUGGAAAGCAGAGACAUCAUCAACAAAGGCACCAUAUCAAUUGCGGCUUCAGGUUUCUCCAUUAACUUUUGGGAUCAACCAUGGAUCCCUUGGUUAGAGUUCCAUGAGUUUCAAGAUCUGAUGAAUGGCAUUAGAGGCAGAGGUUAUACUAUUAAGUCCCUGGGGGACAUUUCUCAUCAAAACAAAUGGAAUGAUGAGAUUAUCAAGCAGGUGUUUGGUACGGAGCUAGGGAAUCGGAUAUGCAACAUUCCUAGAAUCCCAGCUCCUUUCACAGAUCAGAUCUAUUGGAAGAACAAUCAAAAAGGUAAUUUUACUGUUAAAGAUGCAUACCAAGUGGAUAAUGCUCAUAGAUUUGCUCCCAGUAAAAGGAUUUGGAAGUGGAUUUGGGAAGAGGGAGUUCUUCCUAGGAACUCUGUGAUGCUGUGGAGAGUUUUGAAUGAGGCUAUUCCUACCAAAAAUCGGCUUCAUUUCCUUCAAGACAAGACCUGUAGCUUAUGCGAUUAUGAUUUGGAAAAUGCUUCCCACCUUUUCUUUAAUUGUAACUUUGCUAGAGCUAUUUGGUUUGGUGGUCUUUUCCCCUUAAGAAUUGAUGGUAUAGCCUCAGAGAGUUUGAUCACAUUGCUAGAAACAAUAAUUGAUAUAUAUCAAGGUAAUAGCAGAGUCGAUAUACUCAAUUAUCUUGGUUGUGCUCUCUCUGAAAUCUGGCACCAAAGGAAUGCAUAUUGUAUUCGGGAUGCUGCAAUCAAUAUUGAUCUGGUUUUGGGAAGAAUAAGAAAGAGCUUCUUCGAAGUUCAGCAGGCAGGUGCCAACAACAUUAGGCACCAGGUUACUGACCAAGUUGCAGAUGGCUCGGAGGCUUUGCAGAACUCCAUUGACGAUCAGGAAAGGCAGUGCUGCAACAUCAUAUUCACAGAUGCCUCCUGGACAAAUAUAAAUGCAGGCAUAGCUUCAGUGGACAUUGACACUUUUUCUGGCUUUUGGUUUGUUAAAGCACAAAAGGUCCAAGCUCAUUCGGUUUUGGAAGCAGAGUUAUUAGCUAUCCAAUUAGCCCUCACCAGGGCAAUUGAGAAAGGUUGGCAGAAGGUUCACAUCCUCUCAGACUCAAAGGUUGCGGUUCAAGCUUUAUCAAAGCCAGUUCGAGUCCCGGAUUGGAGAGUGGCGAAUGUCUUUUAUUCCGUUGUUAACUUAUCUAAACAAUUUCUGGUUUGUCUUUUCUUUUUCAUUAAUCGUAGUUUUAAUGUAGUGGCGGAUGGUGCAGCCAAAAAGGUUAGAACCAACAGUGAUUUGGCAGUUUUGUAUCAAGGGGAGGGUAAUCCCCCUGUGAUUCCCAUCUAUUUUAACUAA